GGCCAUUAGUUUUGCGCCUUACACGCUUCUAUCCCCUUGCUCAUACCCAAUCCUACAGAGAUUCGCAAGAUCAAUUGUCUAUCGCUCGACCCGACUUGUGCGCCGUGAAGUUGUAGAGAUUGUGAUUUGAGGGUAUUAAUCCAUUCAAGGACAAUAAAGGAACGGACACUCUUCUAGCCAUCCGUGUCCACGCGAGAUUAUACAGAAUGGAUCUUCAAGACGAUGCCACUCAACCAGCAACCCAACCAAUACUCGAUCCACGCAGAAUAGGGCGGAACAAUUCUGGUCUCUCCGAGGAAGACCUCUCGGACGUUAUAUGCAUCUUGCACCCGACCACGGCAGCUGCGAUACAAGCUGUAGCGCUGACAGCCAAGCAUGCUCCCCAGCACUUGCUUCAGCAGAGUGGCGAGGACGAAGGCGACGAUUUUGAGCUUGGCGAAGAUGGAGUAGUACGGAAAAAGGCAAAAGAUGGACAAUCGUUGGCACCGCCAAAGGCUGUGCAAAAGGAUAUCGCCCUUCGCAUGUCUUCAAGUGUACGCAACCCUUCCAUGGGCUUCUUGUUUGGACGGAAUCCCGCAAGAUGUGACAUCGUUCUGGACGCUUCUCCGACAAAGAAAGUCAGCAACUGCCAUUUUCGAAUCUAUCUCAACAGUGCCGGCAUUCUGAUGCUCCAGGACACCUCGACCAAUGGUACUACUGUCAACGACACGCUACUGAUGGGAAAGCCAGAGACGAGACGGUACAAUUGCCCGCCCACCCAGAUGCUCGAAAACGGUUCGCGGGUCGGAAUCCUUGCCAACUCCUCGGAUGAUGAGAUUCGAUUCAUCGUCCGCAUACCCUCCAGAGAAGGCCACCAUUUGGAGGAGUACGGAAGGAAGUUCCAUAAGUAUCUUGCCAACAUUGUCCAACUAGAGGCCGCGAAACGGGGCACCGCUCCAGCCACCGAGCAAGGUCGUCAUCCACAGCCAGGUGACGCUGCUAAGCAAGCAAUGAUGCCGCCAUCGUUGGGCUCCAUGCAGGGCCCCGUCACUCAUGGCUGCCACUGGAACGGAGGAGACCGGUAUAAUAUUGUUCAAUAUCUUGGUAAAGGCGCUUUCGCCAUAGUGUAUAAGCUUGCCACAAAAUUGGAUGGUGAGAUCUUCGCUGCCAAGGAAAUCGAAAAGCGCAGGGUCAUGAGAAAUGGCAAUCUCGAUCAUAAAGUCACCAAUGAAAUGACAAUUAUGAAAAGCAUUCGCCACCCCAACAUUGUUCAGUAUAUCGACUAUGUCGAUUUGCCCCGCCACCUCUACAUUAUCAUGGAAUAUGUUCCCUGCGGUGAUCUUAGCAAUUUCCUUGCCAACGGGCCUGUGCCGGAAUCAUUGGCAAGGUCCAUGUCAAGGCAGAUUCUCUCGGCCCUGGACUAUCUUCACUCUCUGAAGAUUACUCAUCGCGAUAUCAAGCCGGACAAUAUCCUCAUCGCGUCGUACACUCCCUUUCAUGUGAAGCUGUCAGAUUUUGGACUCUCCAAAGCGGUUCACGAGGAGACCUUUUUGAAGACAUUUUGCGGAACUUUGUUGUAUUGCGCGCCUGAAGUCUUUCCGGAUUACCAGAGCUAUCUUCAGCAAGAACCGAGGAAACGCCGGCGCGCUCAUGAAGCCCAAGAAAAAAGGACCCACUUUUACAGUCAUGCCGUCGAUAUAUGGUCGUAUGCUGCCGUGUUGUAUCAUGCAUUAACCGGUGCCACGCCGUAUGCUGCCGAACCCGGCGACCAUCUUGGUAACGGACAUGGAAUGCUCUAUAAGAUCAUGACCGAACUUGUGGAUCCGGAGCCACUGCAGGAAAACGACAUCUCCGCCAAAUGCUUCGACUUCCUUUCCGAGAUGUUUUAUAAGAAUCCGGCCAAACGGCCAACAGCAAAAGAGUGUCUGGAACUUCCUUGGCUCGCUGAUUCAGAUGAUUUAAGUGAGGCAGGAUCCGCUGCGGUUCCCGCUGGCUCAGGUGCUCAACCGUCAGCUGCUGGCCAAGGUAACGCAGUGGCUCAAUCAAGCCUACAAGCAAGAUCUCGGGCUGCUGGCGAGGAGAGCAACGGUGAAUUUUAUUUUGACGAGCUUGGACCGUCAGGAUCUUCCAAUUCUGGUCGACGUAAGCGAGCGAAAACGGACCAUUCUCAGGCUUCACCUUCACGAGCGCAGGAUCCCUCGAGUGAGGAGAUGUUCUUGCCCUCGUUGGCUGAGGUCAGCAAAGUCACAUAUCAACCUCCACCUCAAAGAACAACAACAGACGUGGGCAGAGCACGUCUUUACGGCGAACUCAAUAGCUCUGCUUUACGCAGUUCUGGGCUUUUUGGUCGUGGACGUCAGGAAGACUUGCCCAUGACAAGUGACUAUGAAGACUCGGGCGACGGUAUGAGCUCCAUUCUCAAUUUUGAGUCGGAUUAUCUUGACCCUGGCACGCCUGAUCACCAUUCAAAGCGGCCGCAGCAAGGUUUGCCGAGUUCAGAUAAAGGGGUUGGUCCAGCCCCGAGCUUACUUGGGGCCGAAUCUCUCGUUGGUGCGCUCAAUAUGGCUUCACCAAAAUCGCCCCGCUCACCAAAGUUUGAGUUGGCCACGGUCGCACCACCUGAGCCCGUACCUGCUGGGCAGUAUGAGCAUCAAGAUCUAAACGGACAGACUCCCAGCGAGGAUGAGAAGAAGCUUGACAGUCGCCGUAUAAAGCUUGUGCCUCCGCCUUCCGCCUGGUACAAGGCCGACGAUCCUACCACGCAUAAUGUCGAGUAUGCUUCCCGAGUAAGCGGCAUUGACUUUGCUGCUCAGGGUGCCAACUCGCGAUCACCUUCCGUAGGUAAGGAUGACAAUAAAGAAAAUAGGGAGGACGUUGUUGGGAAUGCUCAGCCUGCGCUUGAAAACAUUCCGGAAGAGGGCAAAGGCACAGAGGUUGUCAAUAAUAAAGUUGGUUCCUACAAUGCACCGCAAACUGUUGCUCGGCAAUCUCAGUUUCAAGAAGAGCGGCUCAACUCGCAGAGCAAGGAAUCUGCUGAUGGCAAUGAAAAUGGUGAUUUCAUUCGACCUCCGCCACGACUUGGGAAGCUUGUUAGUCUUCCAGGAUCUUUUGACAACGUCACUCUCAAGCUCGAACAGCGGCAGACGUCUUGGGGACGAAACCCAUACAACACAGUUGUCUAUCCUAGACCGAGCGAGACUCGCAUCCCGAAAAAUGCUUUGGACAUUGAGUUUUGGUGUAAAGGGAUCGAGCAGGCUGAGACGGAGGGCAAAGACUGGACGAAGAUGGAAGGCCUUUGCGCAAUCGUCCGAACCCGAUGCAGCAUGGGGAUCCUGGUGAACCGGGUGCACAUGCGCAAGGAGAGCGAGGAAGGCUUCCUAUGCGGCAGAUUGUACACGGGCGACGAGAUUAGCGUUUGCGAGACGAAUGGAUCAUAUAUGCGGUUUAAAUGCGAGUUUUACGUUGGAGAAUCGGCUCGCCCAAGGCCCAGUGAGGGACCUCGUUUCAUCAUCACCCUCGUCGAACGGGGCUAUAAAGAGUGGAGAGCCGAGCAAGACAGGAUUGCGAGGGAGUCUGCAGACUCGAAGAGCUCUGAUUCAGGCUCUGGCGUGGCUGUCAGUGUUCGCUAGUCCUGUGUCUCACGCUGCUACUUUAUCUUGGUAUUACUUAUCUUGGGUGAAUUAUUGGAUAUCACCAAGCACCAUUUUCUGUUGAAGAACAGACUCUUGGGACUAUGCUUGGUAUA